CCAACAGCCUCCGCGACCGCGACCGCCUUUUCCCUUGUCGACCAUCUCUUGCGGCCCAUUCACAUCUUCAUAAUGGCACCACGCCCCUCCAUCACCGGUUUCGACCCUAAGAAGUUCGCCGCCGCCUCUGCCAACGGCACAAAGGGCGACCCCUGGGCGCGAUAUGAACAAUGGCGAUACACCGGUCCCUUCACCCGCUUCAACCGUUUCAAGGGCUCCUUCCCAGGCCUCGGCAUAGCGACUGUUGCCUUUGCCGGAUAUGUUGUUGCUGAGCAGCUAUUCUUCCAAGACAAGGGACAUCACGAUGACCACGCAUAAGACUUACAUAUUCAGGCGUACCGGUUGCUUCGGGUUCCGUUGCUGUGGGAUUGUAUAUACCUCUACCACACAGAACGAUCAAUCAAAAUGAGAUUUCAGAGUAUUUGGGAAUUGACAUGGAAGUGGGUGUGAAGAGUAUUCUGCAU